AUGGAACCGGACGUGCUGCCGGUCUUUUACUUCAAUGAUCUGCUGUUGGCAAAUAUUGGCGACACGAUUGGUCUCAACUUGUUCGAACCUCGCUACCAGCUCAUGUGCAACCGCAUGGCCUCAGACCCGCGGUUUCUGUUUAUGCCAAAUUACGAGGACUACCGCUGUGCACCUGGGCAUGUUGGCUUUGUUGUGCGCUUGACCGGAUUAUGGCAUCAGGCGCAUGGCGGCAGUUACGGCGUGCAGGGCUAUGCGGAGCAGUUGGUGGCGGUAUCCUGCGCUUGGGAGGAGCCGGACACAAACGGCCUUCACUACGCGCAGUAUUGGAAACUGGACGACAAGAAGGUGCCGCUCCACCACGGAGAGGCUCAAGCUUUCGUAAAUGGCUUGCUGCGGAGUGGGUGGACGGCUGACCGCCAGCACGUCCGCCGCUUUUGCAGCGGCCAGUCGCAGGUGCUAUGUGGUUGCAAUUGGCCAGAUCGCGCCUGGGUUCUGGCAUUCCUGGCUGAUGAUGGCAAAAGGCAGCUAAGAAAUGGCUGGACAGCAGGGCUGCCUGAGUUGGUGCAGCCGCGCUUUUCUGGAGAUGCUUUCCUGGAGAAGGCCGUGCACUGCUUUGCGCCGCUGCCAAAUGGUACGCCUCUCCGUGAGGUCAUGGAGCAGCUGCGCUCGAAUGUGGCAAACGAUGCAGAUGCCAUGCUUUCUCUACAGCAGCGGGCGUACUCGCACAGAGGCCAAAUGGAUUGCUCCAUGGCCGACCCGCUUCACAUGACCAAGGCCUGCCCGGCUCAGAGUUGA